AUGGCACCUCUUGUCCCGCGAUUCCACCUCUUCGAAAUCGACGACCAACCAUGGUUCCCGUCCUUCCUCCGCGGUUACGUCCAAGAAGGCCUCCACGCAGCCUGGGUGCAAAAGCUUCCCGUCCUUCAGACAGCCUCCCCAGCUCGCAUCGCCGCCCAGAUCCUGCAUCGCAUGCUCGGCCCGCGCCUUCCCUCCUACACCUUCAUCGACUUCUGCGCUGGCUCCGGCGGCCCAACCCCGGCUAUCGAGCGCUACGUCAACCGCCAGCUCACCAUUCAGAAGCAGCCCAAUGUUGACUUUGUCCUAACCGACCUGCACCCCAACACCGACGCCUGGGCCCGCGCCGCGGCGAAGAGCGAGCACAUUGGCUACGAGCAUAACAGCGUCGACGCCGCCGCGGCGCCUCGUGAGCUCAUUGAAGGGUAUACGUCAAGGGGCAAGAAGGUCUUUCGUCUGUUCAACCUAGCCUUCCACCACUUUGAUGAUCCGCUGGCUAGGGCGAUUCUGAAGAACACACUCGAGACCUCCGACGGCUUCGCCAUAUUCGAGCUGCAGGGCCGCGACCUAUACUCCUUUCUCAUGCCCGCCGUCCUCGGCAUCGGGUGCUUGCUCUUGGCGCCCUUACACGCAUGGAGGUUACGUUCGCUGUCCGUGUUGGUUUUCACAUACCUCAUCCCCAUUCUGCCGUUUGUAUUGGUCUUUGACGGCUAUAUUUCCGCCUUGAGGACGAGGACGCCGGAUGAGGUCGAGGCCCUGAUGAAGUCGUGCGGCGCUCGCACCGACGGUUGGGAGUUUAAGAGCGGGAGCGAACCCCACAUGCCGCCUUUUGGGCAUGUGAACUGGAUCGUGGCCGAGAAGAUCUCGUCCAGGGAUUGGUGA